CUGACACGACUGGUACUGAGGUAUAUCUACUCCCAGCAACAAUGGCAUCAGAACAAAACCCAACACCCAAGCAGCACCCCACCUCCACAGCUGGGCAUAAGAUUACUCUGUAUGAGCAGGAAAAUUUCCAAGGCCUCUUCCAUGAGGUGACUGGCCCCUGUCCCAACUUGAAAGAGACAGGACUGGGGAAAGUUGGCUCCCUUGUGGUGCACACUGGGCCAUGGGUUGGCUAUGAGCAGACAGGCUGCAAGGGUGAACAGUUUGUAUUUGAGAAAGGAGAAUAUCCCCGUUGGGAUACUUGGACAAACAGCCGCAAGAGCGAUAGUCUUGCUUCCUUCAAACCUGUGAAACUGGAUGGAAAUGAACACAAGAUCAUACUUUAUGAAAACCCUAACUUUACUGGAAAAAAAAUUGAAAUCAUAGAUGAUGAUGUACCAAGUUUCCAUGCUCAUGGAUACCAGGAGAAAGUGUCAUCCAUUCGUGUUUUGAAUGGAACGUGGGUUGGAUACCAGUACCCAGGCUACAGAGGCUACCAGUACCUGCUUGAAAAGAGAGAUUACAAGGAUGUAACUGAAUUUGGAGCCCAGAAACCUCAGAUCCAGUCUGUCAGACGUAUUAGGGAUAUGCAGUGGCAUCAGAGGGGAAUCUUUCAUCCCACUAACUGAAAGGUUCCUCUGCUUCUAAGCU